GGAGUCUCCGCAGUUCACAGUGCUGCACUCCGAGUCGGACUUCGAGGUUCGAUUUUACAGGGAGUCGGUUUGGAUGACUGCACACACCGAUGAAAUUUCUUUCGAUAAAGCCACCCGAGAUGGCUUUCACAGGUGGAAGUUCUUGAAUAUCACAAUAGAAGUACUGCACUUACUAAUGACACAUUGAAGAAAGGGGUCAUCGCCAAUGUGAAUGCCUUAAUGUGUUGAAAGGAAAUGAAACUAAUGACUCUAAGUAGACAAGGUAUUUCUGAUUUGCAAGGUGAGAAACCAAAAAGGAGAUGCAAUGUGUGAAGCUGGCAAAUGGGAAUUCAGAGAGGAAAUCUAUUGGAAAAAUGAUGCUCACUAAACUAAGAUUGUUCCAGUACAUUGAAGGUGCAAAUCUGAAUUUUUCUCGUAUUUCAAUGACAGUACCAGUCUUGACAAGCAUUGUCCCUGGAGCUGGACCUCUUCACUCAUCAGCAUACUUUGUCAAAUUAUACUUGCCAGAGGAGUUCCAAGCUGAGCCACCAUCUCCGCUUCCUGAACUGAACCUGCGACCUGAUUCCUGGACCAGUCAUUGCAUUGCAGUUAGGAAGUUCUCUGGAUUUGCAAGGGAUCGCAACAUUGUGAAAGAAGCUGAGAAACUGGCUCUCAGCUUGAGCAGGUCUCCAUGGGCAAAUUCCACUUCCGCAAGUGAAUAUGCUUACUCAAUUGCACAGUACAAUUCUCCUUUUAAAAUCAUUGGUCGUGUCAAUGAAGUUUGGGUGGAUGUUAGCGGGUCUGAAGCCAAUGGUUGCAAGCCCGGGCUGGUGGCUCCGUGGCUGCAUACUAAGGAGGGUGGCAAGCCAGCGGGCUGCAGGCGAGUCUGAAUCUUUGGUCUGUUGUGGCUUUACUGUAAAUAAUUGUGUAAUAUUGUUGAACCAUUGUGUAAGAUGAACUUGUAACACAUCAAUGUGUAUUGAAACUCCUAAUACUUUCUAAAUUGUUAUUCAUAAUCCCGACCCUACUUCAUACUUUC